UUAUUAAAUAAUCGAUGAUCGUACAUCGUGUUUAGUUCACAUACGUUCUUUUAUCUAGCUUCACUAAAAGCAGCCUUCUAUACCAGUGCGUAUAAAGGUUGCUCCCGUAAAAGUAAAAUUACAAGUGCUCUCGCGAUUUUUCGAAUUCUAGCCUCUGAAAGAAUUCAACAAUGAAGCUGAUUUACAUUUUCCUCGUCACUUUUCUUUGCAUCAAUGGAUCGUUAGGAAAUAAACUUCAAUGUACAUCCAGAUCUGUAUUUGAUAUACCAAAGAAUUGGACGCAAAUGGCUAAUUUAUGCAUGAAUGAAUUGAAAGCUCAAGUGAAUACUGAGAUUAAUGCUGCUAUGACUUAUCUUGCUAUGGGUGCUCAUUUUGCUCGUGAUACAGUUAAUCGUCCAGGAUUUAGCAAGUUUUUCUUUGAUUCUGCCAGUGAAGAAAGAGAACAUGCAAUAAAAAUUAUUGAAUAUCUGUUAAUGCGUGGUCACUUAACAGACGAUGUUAGCAAACUCUUGGACAUCAGUUCGCUGGGACCAUUGCGCGAGACCUGGAGUAACGGUGUUGAAGCUCUAAAGAAAGCUCUUGAAUUAGAAACUGACGUUACAAAAAAGAUUCGCAAUAUUAUCAAACACUGUGAAAAGUCAAAAGACAACAGCUUCAAUGACUAUCAUUUGGUAGACUACCUCACUGAAGAAUUUCUAACUGAACAAUACAAAGGCCAACGUGAUCUUGCAGGAAAAAUUUCAACUUUGGGCAAAAUGAUGACAACAAAUGGAGUAUUAGGAGAAUUCCUGUUUGAUAAGAAACUUUUGAAUAAUGAAGUUUAAUUUGUACUUGAAAUAACAAAAAUUUUACUCCAACAUUGCAUAUGAAAUUAUGGCCAUAUUUAGAAUGAACUAUGUAUAUUAGGUGCAAACGAUAGAGUCCGGUUGUAAAUUAAAACUUUAAAAAGAAACACCCAUUGAUAUAAUCGCAUCUAGGACCGUACGCAUUUUGUACAGGUAAUUUAAAUGUUGAACUGCGAACGUUAUUUGUAAAUUACUUUUAAAAUCUUUGUAAUCAAAACUAUAUAGCAAUAAGUCUAUUACUUCUUACACAAUAACGAUUGAUGUAUUAAUAAAAGUUAACAUGUAGUUAAAGAUUAAGACAUAUACUUUUGAAAGGAAUAGUUUCAAAUUGAUAUCGUACGGUCUUACAAGAGACUCGAUACUUCGGUAUUUGAAACGUAUAAAUUUUAGUUCAUCACUAAAAUUUAUAAUUUUACGACUGCGCUAUAUCGUUUCCACUUACAGUAACUUAGUUUUAUUAAAUUUUAAGUUAGUAUCAAAGAUAUUGUGUUCUAUAUAAAAUAUUUUUCUAAAUGUGGUCUGUAAUAUAGACAUACAAGAAAUCCUGUUUACAAAUGUUUGUUAAACUAUAAUAAAUAUAUUACUCUUACCAAAUAAAUAAAUAUUUUAAAAUUCAUACAAAACAAUA